CUACUAUCUCUCACACUCAUACUCACAUCGAGCUACAUUGUUCAUCGCUCGUUACCACGACACCUAGGGUAUGACUGUGACUCCCCACUCCCAGCCCCGGCCCCAGGCCGAGGCGUCCGGAUCGCAUUAUCAGCCCUCUCUUCCCCCCCACCCCGGACCCGGGUCUCAGUGGGUGCAACAUGGCUACCAGGCCGUUCCACGCCUCAUCCCCGCUCCCCAGCAGCAGUGGGUGCCGCAAGGCCACCAGGCCAUUCCUUCCCCCCAUCCUGGUCGCCAGAAGCGGAGGGUGCAGCGUGGCCACCAGGCCACUUCUACCCAAAACCAAGGACACCAGCAGCAGCAGAUGCAAGGCAUUCCAAUGUUCUACAACCGCGGACGCCAGCAGCAGUGGCCGCAAGGCCAUCUGGUCAUGCCGACGCCCGAUGCGAGAGCCCGUGCCACUCCGGGCCACACACGCCCGCUCAACGACGCUGCUGCGAGUCCGACAGGCUCAGCGCGGCCGCCAUCGACUAGGCCCACCCCUAUACCCACCUUUGCCACGAUUCCUCAGGAUGCGAGAGCGCACAGCAGCAGCUCGGCAUAUGCAGGCCCGUCCUACACCGCUCCUGCCACCCCGACGCGCUCAUCGCGGGCGCAAUCGACUCAGGCGGCCCCCAUCCCUCUCUUUACCACGGCUCCUCAGGAUACGAGCGCCCACGGCGGCAGUCCGGAUCAUGCAAGCCCGCCCUACAUCAGUCCUGCGGCGUCAACGAGCCCAACGCUACCGGAACUUGACGCGUGGCUAUCCCUUGGCUGCAACAUUCCUGGUCUAAGGAUCCCUGGUAUGCUGGACGACCUGUACGCGACCUUCGACCAGCUGGCGCCGGUCGUCGACCAGGUCUUGGAUGAGGGGAUUGUGCAGCAGAUGGAUGAGCCGGCUGCGCACGAGGAGCCAGGUUCCCGGCAGACGAAGCGCGGCCAGGAGGAUUUCACUUCCCCGACAUGGGACGCGGACGACAUGUUCCGCACUCUGACUCAAACUGGAGAAGACUCCGAGUUCUUCGCUGAUCCGUUUGUGCUUGAGCAGACCGAGCAGAUACACGAGUGAGGCGAUCGAGGGGAAUAGGAGCGUGGGGGAUACGAACGGGAG